AUGGCAAAAUCACAUUUCAUCCUCCUCCUUCCUUCUCUCAUCCUAGCCCUUUCCCUCUCUCCAUCUCCCCACUCCACCACCUCCGCCGCCGCCACCUCAUCAUCAGCCUUCAUCGACUCCUCCUGCGCCGCCACCCGCUACCCCGACCUCUGCCGCCAAUCCCUCUCCUCCUACGCCCGCACCCUCCAGCAGAACGACCACCGCCGCCUCGCCCUCGCCGCCUUAUCCGUCAGCCUCGCCAAGGCCAAGUCAGUCUCCUCCUACGUCACCCAAGCCGCUGAGCUGGCGUCCAAAAAUGGCAACACCAACCCCUCUGUGGUCCAGGCGGUGAAGGACUGCACCCGCAACAUGGGCAACGGGGUGAACCGGCUCGACCAGUCGGUCAAGGAGCUCACCGUCCUGGGCGGGCUCGAGGGGGACAAGUUCGAGUGGCACAUGAGCAACCUGCAGACGUGGGUCAGCGCGGCGCUGACCGACGAGAACAUGUGCGUUGAAGGGUUCGCGGACCGGACCAUGGACGGUCCGGUUAAGGUUGGGGUCAGGCGCCGGGUGGUCUACGUGGCUAAGAUCACUAGUAACGCUCUCGCUCUAGUUCAGCGGUUCGCGGCGAAGCAUGCUCGUGUCGGCCGGCAUCAUCCUUAG